CCUACCUAGGGCUGCCAAGGUUGGCUGCGCGGCCGAAAUCCCUCCGGCAGGCCAGGCCCUCCCCUCCCCCCGGGUUGGUUUUUCCCAGCUGUGGAGGUUGGGCCAGGGGCUGGGGUACUUGGAGAGUCGGCGCUCGCAGCGCAGAGCCCGGAAGUCGCCGGGACUCUGGUGGGACUCGGAGUUGGCUUUGGAGGUGGCGGGCGCGGAGGUCGCGCAGCGGAUCCACCGACAGGCGCCAACUGAAGAGGCGAGGAGGUGCCACCCCGGGCGGCGCUGGAAGAGGAGCGGGAGGAGGAGCGCGGAGACCAGCGUCCCUACCCGCCGUGCGUACUUUGUGGAGGGAAGGGCGGGGGAGUCGGCCCCGGGAGGGGGACGCCCGGUGGCUAGGGGGUUAGCCAAGUUCCGGCUGCGGUGGUCCUCCUCCGCUCCCACCAGAGGAAAGUUUUCUCCAGGCGCUUCCGGCCGGCCAGCACCCUCCGGGCCCAACCUCCCGAGCCUUCGGAGCGGGCGCCGGCCCAGCCCAGCUCCGGGAAGACGCGAGCCGCGAUGCCUGGGGGGUGCUCCCGGGGCCCCGCCGCCGGGGACGGGCGGCUGCGGUUGGCGCGGCUGGCGCGGCUGGCGCUGGUCCUCUUGGGCUGGGUCUCCUCGUCCUCUCCCACGUCCUCCGCGUCCUCCUCCACCUCUUCAGUGUCGUCCCUGGGCUCAGCGGUGUCUGCUCAGCCCCCGCUGUCGGGCCAAUGCCCGCCGCUGUGCGAGUGCUCUGAGGCGGCGCGCACCGUCAAGUGCGUGAACCGCAACCUGACCGAGGUGCCUGCGGACCUGCCACUCUACGUGCGCAACCUCUUCCUCACGGGUAAUCAGCUGGCCGUGCUCCCCUCCGGCGCCUUUGCCCGCCGGCCACCACUGGCCGAGCUGGCCGCGCUCAACCUCAGCGGCAGCCGCCUGGUGGAAGUGCACGCUGGCGCCUUCGAGCAUCUGCCCAGCCUACGCCAGCUCGACCUCAGCCACAACCCACUCGCCUAUAUCAGCCCCUUCGCCUUUUCGGGCAACACCAAUGCUUCUGUUCCCAGCCCCCUGGUGGAACUGAUCCUGAACCACAUCGUGCCCCCUGCAGACCAGCUACUGAAGCAGAACCGAAGCUUCGAGGGCAUGGUGGCCGCGGCCCUGCGAACUGGCCACGCGCUACGCGGGCUGCGUUGCCUGGAGCUGGGCAGCAAUCAUUUCCUUUACCUGCCACGGGACGUGCUCGCCCAACUGCCCGGCCUCAGGCACCUGGACCUGCGGAACAACUCGCUGGUGAGCCUGACCUACGUGUCCUUCCGCAACCUGACACACCUAGAAAGCCUCCACCUGGAGGACAAUGCUCUCAAGGUCCUUCAUAAUGGCACCCUGACGGAGUUGCAAGGCCUGGCCCACGUCAGGUUAUUCCUGGACAACAAUCCCUGGGUCUGCGACUGCCACAUGGCGGACAUGGUGGACUGGCUCAAGGAGACCGAGAUAGUGCAGGGCAAAGCCAGGCUCACCUGUGCAUUCCCGGAAAAAAUGAGGAAUCGGGUCCUCUUGGAACUCAGCAGCUCUGACCUGGACUGUGACCCUAUCCUCCCACCAUCCCUGCAGACUUCUUAUGUCUUCCUUGGUAUUGUUUUAGCUCUGAUAGGCGCUAUUUUCCUCCUUGUUUUAUAUUUGAACCGUAAGGGGAUAAAAAAGUGGAUGCAUAACAUCAGAGAUGCCUGCAGGGAUCACAUGGAAGGGUAUCAUUACAGAUAUGAAAUCAAUGCGGACCCCAGGUUAACAAACCUCAGUUCUAAUUCGGAUGUCUGAGAAACAUUAGAGGACAGGGGGGACAAAAAAGGACAACUCUGCAUGAGGUGUAGACUUAAGCUUUAUCCAAGUAUUAGGCUUGCUCUACUUCCACCCUCCACUGUAGACACCACUGACUUUGACUGAAAGCAGUGAAGGGGUUUCCGCUUCCUUGUUAUAUAAAGUCUCUUGGUGUGUUCUAUUAAUGUAAGAAUGUAAGACGUUGAACAACUGUGCAUAGUGUUUUGCCCUUUUUCUUUUCUUGGAACUGCUCAACACAUGUGGAGUGAUUUUCCAAGUUUCAGCAUGAACAUGGACUCCUUGCUGUUUCUCUUAGUACAGUUCAAGGUGUAGCAAGUGUACCUACACAGAUAGCAUUCAACAGAAGCUGCCUCAACUUUUUUUUUUUUUUUUUGAGAAAAAUACUUUAUUCAUAAAUAUCAGUUUUAUCCUCAUGCAUCCCAUGAACUGCCUGCAGACCUUAGCAAGCUCUUAAAAAUAACUCCGUAGUGCACAGGAGCACCUGCAUCCAAGAGCAUGCUUAUAUUUUACUGUUCUGCAUAUUACAAAAUAUAACUUGCAACUUCAGAUAACUUUCACAAAGUAAAGUACUUUUUCUGAUUGCAGUUUAUAUGAAACUGUACUGAAUUUUUUCUUUUUAUAAACUGCAUCAAGAUCAAACAGACUGAAUUGUUGAAAAAAAUUCAAUAAAGAUUCUUAAAAGAAUUACACUGUGUUCAAGUUUGGUAUUUGAAAAAAGGAUGAAGGGCAAUAAUACUGAAUGUCUUGGUUCCAAUGAUAAUUAAAUUAUUGGUUAGCAAGCUGAACAAGGUCUUACAUAAAUAGAUUUGGGAGAUAGUUUUGAAGUGGUGGAUUCUUUUAGGAUUUAAAUAGAGAAUUUGAAUAUUUAUGUGACUAGAUUUCUCAUGGUCCCAAAGUUAAUGCUAUUCAUGAAACAAUUUUGUAAGAGCAUUAUGAAAUUGGUAAGAGUAAAGAAUUCUGUAUGAUAAACAGUUCAUAGUUUGGAACUUUUUCUGGACUAAUGAAGUUGUUAGGGCAGAACAAUAUUAUUUACUUAAUAAAACUCUGAAUGAACUUGUUCUAUGAAUUUUAGAGUGUAAAACAAAUAUAAUGCAAAUGUAUAAAGAAGCAGGAUCU